ACAGCCCCAUUUAUUUAUUGGACGGAUAUGACCCAUUUAUAACCGGGGCGGGUCAAGGCUUUCAAUGGGGCUUCAGACCAUUGAAUUGCUCUAAUUGUCAAUAAGAAAAGAAAAAAAAAAAAACGAACGUAGCCCUACCUUCUCCUCCUCUCUCUCAGUUCUCCAUUGAAGCGUACUUCACGUUCUCCAUUGAAGCGCACGUAACGUCCUCCAUUGACGCGCCUUCUAAUACUUGUACCCCCCAUUGAAGCAAUUUCUGAGAUAUUAAAUUUUUUGGUUCAUGCUUGGUGUUGAUUGAGUAGUCUAAUGGACUUGAAUGUCUCACCUUCGCCGGAAGAAGAUGAAGAGUAUUUUGAACACCAGUUUGAGGAAGAUGUGGCGAGACAUGAUAACGUAGAGACAUCUGUUCAAACUCUUCGCCGGGAGCGUGAAGAAAGACGGGAGCGAAUAAGAAGAGAUCCGAUAGAUGAUAGACCAAUGCGCGUAACCAGGCCCUUGGAGCGUGAUGAAGGGCCUAUCUUGAAGAAGUUGAAAACUGACAGAAACAGGCUACCCCCUGGUUGGCUGGAUUGUCCAAAUUUUGGUCAGGAAGUUGGUUUUAUUGUCCCAUCUAAAGUUCCUCUUGAUGAAAGUUUUAAUGAUUGCAUCGGUCCAGGCAAAAGAUAUUCUUUCCGUCAAUUGUUUCAUUUAACAAGAGUGAAGAAUAUCAAACUUGGUAUGAUAGUUGACUUGACAAAUACAGAUCGGUAUUAUUCACCGAGUGAUUUUAAGAAGGAAGGUCUUAAAUAUCUAAAGAUUCGGUGCCAGGGUCGUGAUUCUGUACCAGAUAACGAGUCUGUAAACACCUUUGUCUUUGAGGUUGCACAAUUUAUAUUCAAUCAAAAUGAGAGACAGCCCAGGAAAUAUGUAUUAGUUCAUUGCACUCAUGGCCACAAUCGAACUGGUUACAUGAUAGUUCAUUAUUUGAUGCGUACACAGCAAGCCAGUUGUGUUGCUGAGGCUAUACAAAGAUUUGCAGCAGCUCGGCCUCCAGGGAUCUAUAAACAAGACUACAUUGAUGCAUUAUUUGCUUUCUAUCAUGAAACUAGAAGUGACUUAGUUGUAUGUCCCCAUACCCCUGAGUGGAAGAGGUCCUCUGACUUUGAUCUAAAUGGCGAAGCUCUUCCAGAAGAUGAUGAUGGGGUUCCAUAUACUUCGACCAAUGAAAAACUGGAGAAUGCUGUAGUAUUGACCAAUGAUGAUGUCUUAGGGGAUAAAAUACCUGAUCAGCAAGAAUAUCAAUUGCAGAGAUUUUGCUGCGAAAUCCUUAAGACUGCGGGUCGGGGAAAUCUACAAUUUCCAGGGUCACAUCCAGUGUCUCUUGACAGGGACAACUUACAACUGCUAAGGCAACGGUAUUAUUAUGCUACAUGGAAAGCUGAUGGCACAAGAUAUAUGCUGCUCCUUUGUCCUGAUGGGGCUUACCUAGUUGAUAGAAGCUUUAAAUUUCGGAGGGUCCAGAUGCGGUUUCCAUGUAAAAACAUGACAGAUCUCCACCAGUAUACUUUGCUUGAUGGAGAAAUGGUUAUUGAUACUAUAAGUCCCCAGAGGCAAGAGAGGAGAUAUCUGAUCUAUGAUUUGAUUGCUAUUAAUCGUGUGUCCCUUGCUGAGAGGCCUUUUUAUGAGCGUUGGAAACUGAUUGAAAAAGAGGUUGUUGAUCCACGUAAUCAAGAGCGGCGGAAUAUGGACACAAAUGGCAAACCACUUUACAGAUAUGAUCUAGAACCAUUCAGGGUUAGAAGGAAGGACUUUUGGUUGCUAUCAACAGUUGGGAAGCUUUUGAAGGAAUUUAUCCCUCACCUUUCACAUGAAGCUGAUGGUCUUGUUUUUCAGGGGUGGGAUGAUCCCUACGUUCCCAAGACGCAUCAAGGCCUCUUAAAGUGGAAAUAUCCUGAAAUGAACUCAGUUGAUUUUCUCUUUGAGAUAGGAGAAGACGGCACUGAAAACCUUUAUCUUUACGACCGAGGAAAAAAGCGAUUGAUGGACAAUAACAGGGUUACAUUUGGAGAUGAUGUGGAUCCCUCUGCCUACUCUGGUAAGAUUGUCGAAUGCUCAUUUGAUUCAGAGGAAAACAUUUGGACUUGCAUGCGAGUCAGGAUUGAUAAGAACACUCCAAAUGAAUUCAACACCUACAGGAAGGUUAUGAAAAGUAUAAAGGACAAUAUAACUGAGGAGGUGUUGUUAAACGAGAUAGGGGAAAUCAUUCGCUUACCCAUGUAUGCUGAUAGGAUUCAAAGUGAUAGCAGAGCCAUGAAGAAAGGGAAGCCGCCACCACAGAGAAGGUGAAUUGGAAAUUUGUGUUGCCAGCAAUGGUUAUUUACUUUGAAUGACCUCGCAGCAAUUGUUUGUGUAAUUAGGCAUAUUGGUAGCUUGUAUAUUAUUAUUACAUAAUUGUUAGCUGAGGGAUUGAAUCUUUGUAGGUAGAUUAGAAGAUGUAGCCCUUUAAAAAAUUAGAUGUAGUGAUAGGUUAUUUGUGUAUAUUGUCAUCAUAAGCUCUCUAUCUUCUCUCUCCGUGUCCCGUGACUCCCGUCUUAAUAAUGUCUCUCUUAUAUAUAAUUUUAAAUCACUUUUUAGAUGCCCCUUUGAGAUGAGGGGGGUUUUGAGAGAGGAGACCAUUUAGUCUUUUGCUAGUAGCAUCUGAUCUAACUUGAAAGGGUUCACCGUUGUAGCUAAACUAGUCCUGAUGUUGUAUGAAUACCUAUUUUAGGUUCAAUAUUUAUUUAGGUUGCUAUGCCUAUAGAAAGGCGUAAUCUUAUUGAGUA